CCAUCGCUCGGCGCAUGGUGCACGUUGUUUACAAUUUUCUAACCUUUCUUUCUUAUAAACUGGUUGUUUUUAAUGUUUUCUGCUGCGAUAUAGUAACAAUGGUGAAAAAGAGGGUAAAAAUUUCCGUUCCUGUGGAUAAGGAAGAAGUAGAAGUCGUUAAUGAGAAUGGAAAACGACCCAAUGAUGAUGAAAAUAAAGCAGAUACCAAACGACUUAAAACCAAGAGCUGGUUCAGACAGCCGACUGUAAAUGAACUCAACAGGCUACAGGAGACGGAGAAUUUAUUCAACUCCAACUUAUUCAGGUUGCAAGUCGAAGAAGUUCUCCAAGAAGUAAGAGUAAAGGAAAAGACUGAAAAAAAGUUUCAACAGUGGUUUACAACUUUCAAAGACCACUUAACCUCCAUUUGUGAUGAUGAUACAGAGUACGAUUUAAUAGAACAGACACUAGCAAAGAAAUUAAAAGUUAAAAUACCUAUUAACUGUGAAACAAACAAAACAAAAUGUGUAUUCAAGUUUCAUAAGUUCAAAGAUGUAGAAGUUAGUGGCUCUUAUGCAUUAGGCUGCAGUAUAAACUCUAAACUCAAAGUAGAUGUACAAAUUACUGUUCCAGCGGAAACAUACACAAAAAAUGAUUCUACAAACUAUCGUUAUCAUAGAAAACGUGCAGCAUACUUGGCAUACAUUGCUUCUCAUUUAACAAAGCUGGAAACAAUUCAAGAAGUUAACUACACUUGGGUACAUGGUAGCGAUACAAAACCAGUUAUUGAUAUCAUACCUAUAGAAAAGCUUGCAAAUCAUUUCACAGUUCGUAUUAAUUUAGUUUGUGAAGCAGAAGCCUAUAAACUACAUAGAUUUAGUCCACAACGUAACAACUUGAGAGAGGCUUGGUUAUUUAACAAAGAGACACAGGAAAACAGCUCUGAAGUCGGCCCUCCAACCCCAAUUUAUAAUAGCAGUGUUUUAUCAGACUUAACGGCGUCUGCAAAUGACAAAUUUUUAACAGAUAUACUGUUAAAAAGUGAUAAUUUAAAGCAAGCUAUAGUGCUUCUCAAAAUUUGGUUAAGACAGAGAGGGUUGCAGGUGUCUGGACAUGUAGUCAGCAUGUUUGUGGCGUAUCUGGUUCAGACAAAGAGGAUUAACAAUAUCAUGAGCAGUUAUCAGAUUGUGAGGAAUGUCUGGAUUGCUUGGAAAACCUCUGAAUGGGAUACAAAAGGCAUAUCACUUCACAAAGGUGAUGAUUCACCUCCCAUUCAAGCAUUCCAAGAACACUUUUCCAUUGUAUUUCUUGAUACAACAGGCUACUACAAUCUCUGCUACCAAAUGUGCAAAGGAACUUACUUAGCGUUAAAGAGAGAGUGUGUUCUCGCUGUUGAGAUGCUUGAUAAUACUUCCAUAAAUGCUUUUAUACCACUAUUCAUGGUGCCCGUGAAACCGUUGCUGCAGUUUGACCAUAUUUUGAAGUUAAAAAAUCUUUCAAAAGUGAAAGAAGCCGUUUUAAAAAGAGCUUCCAAAGAAAGCCGAGUUAACUAUGGUGUGAAUCAACUGGCUCUAGUUACUGAUACAUUAUAUUCUUUGCUGAGCAAAGGUUUAGGAAACAGAGUAGAUCUGAUAUUACAAAUGGUUGAUGCUGACUUCACUUGGCCUGUAAAGAAAGUGCCUGAAAAAUGCAGAAAAGAUGGCCAAGAGGAAAGUGUAUCGUUCGGAUUCAUAUUGAAUCCCGAAAAUGCGAUCAACAUUGUGGAGAAAGGACCUCCUGCGAAUUUUCCUGAGGCAGAAGAAUUUAGAUUGUUCUGGGGAGACAAGUCAGAACUUCGUCGGUUUCAAGACGGCUCUAUCACGGAGACUUGUGUGUGGGACGCCGAUACUCUCGCCGAGAGACGCAGCAUUACUAAACAGAUUAUUAAUUAUCUUAUGAAGAUGAAGUAUGGCAUAAUCCCGUCAGACGUACAUCACGUCUGCGACCAGCUGGACAGUGUAACCGCUCGCAAACAGUAUUGCGCGUUCAGUGAGGAGAGCUCCGUGGAGGCCCUGCGCGCCUUCGACGAGCUGCGUCGCGACUUGCGUGCGCUUACGCAGCUGCCGCUGGACGUCAGCGCCGUCUAUGGAGUAUCUCCCGUGUUCAGCUAUUGUGACCCGCUUCCGCCGCUCCCCCACGCGCCGAUCCCGAAGCCGUGGCAACGCGGCAGCGCCUGCUUGAUCAAAGACAUCACUCGACAAGACGGAACUGUUGUUGUUCCCGAGUAUACCCCCGUGUCUAAAGCUAUUGUUGAGUUGGGCCACAGCGGCAAAUGGCCGGGCGACAUCGAGGCGUUCCGUUGCCUCAAAGCUGCGUUCCAUCUCCAAGUAGCUGACAGACUUACGAAACAGUACAGCCUACCAGCGCAGGCUUAUCCCACACAUGUCGACGUAUUGAAAAACGGAUUAGUAUUCAGACUUGAGAUCGCGCAUCCGAAAGAGAUAACUCUACUCCGGAGAGAGAUGGAAAAAGGAGUUGUAAAGUACAGGGAGAGCGAAGAGAGCAUACAGCUGCAGUGCGAUACCGUGCUGUUGCCGAGGUUAAGAGGAGCGUUGCAUGGUUUACACGAAAAGUACCCGGCCUUCGGACCCACGACGUGCCUACUGAAACGCUGGCUAGCCUCACACCUCCUGUCUCCUCCCCACUUCCCGCCGGUCGUGGUCGAGUUGCUGUCGGCUGCCGUGUUCCUUCGCCCCGCGCCCCUGGAGCCGCCCGCGCAGCCCUUCGUGGGACUACUCCGAGUGUGGAAGCUGUUGGCUGACACGGACUGGGUCAGGGAAAUGUUGCUCCUCGACUUCAACCAGGACAUGACACGUGAAGAAAUAACAGAACUGGAGCGAAAAUUCAACGAACGCGAAGAGAAGACCCCGUACAUGUACAUAGUGACUUCGUACGACGGCGACCUACCUAGCGUAUGGAGCGCGACUGCACCGACGGAACAGGUCGUCUGCCGAGCACGAGUCUUAGCUCGAAGCGCGUUGGACUACAUGGAGAAGGCGCUGAUGAAAGAUUUCAAAGACAACGUACUGGCCGCGUUCGUGCCCUCCUUGACAGGCUAUGACGUCAUCAUUCACCUCCAGCCGCACCUCGUGCCGUAUUCGUCGGAGCGCGUGGACAAGCGGCCUUCGCCCAAAGCGCUGCCAGACACGGUCGUCGAACAAGUGGUACCACCUGUCGAGUUCCAUGUUGUUCACAAGUAUUUAGAAGAAUUGCGGAGCGCGUACAGCGACUUCGCCUUGUUUUUCCACGACUGCUUUGGCGGAGAGGUGAUCGCUGUGCUCUGGAAGCCGGAUAUUGACGACUCCAGAGAGUUUCAGCUAACAAACGCCAACGCUCUUCAACCAAUCAAAACCAAAGGCGAAAUUGCGUACAAAAUCAACAAGCCAGCUCUGGUCGAGGACUUCCGAAUACUAGGCGCCGGUCUCGUAAGAGACAUCACUGUUACGUAGUAUUAGUUACUUGUAACUGUUACUAUAAGUAAUUGUUGUAAUAAA